GUGUUCCCAUUAUGGCCGCUAUAAUAUCUUUAUUUCUAUUGAUGUUCGCGUUCAGCUCCAGCCAAUCUGGCUAUAUUCAGAGAUCGGAGCUGGUGCAUCAGCGGGCGGUCCGCGCCAUUCCGAAUGCAACUGCCGUUGCAACUGCUCGCACAUAUCCGGCUCCAAACCUAGCCACUGGCUUUGUCGAUCUCGUAAAUUUGUUCACCGAUGUGCCGAUUUCUAUAGUGCGCUCCAUCAGCAGCGGCGGCAGCGGUAUCAACGGCCUCCCGGUCUCCUUCAACGACAACAAUUUCGGAGCUUUGGGUGAAAAUUUCGUCUCCGAUUUCAAGUAUGGCUUGCGAAAUAACGAAGAUUGCGACCUCAGAUGUGAUCAGCUCAUCGCUAAAUAUGGAUUUCCUGUGGAGACUCACGAAGUUGUAACUGAGGAUGGGUAUAUCUUGAAGAUGUUCAGAAUACCUAGUGACGGCCCGCCUGUUUUACUACAGCAUGGCCUGAGUGGUAGCGCAGACGAUUACGUAGUGGCUGGCUCGGAAAGCGGAAUAGCGUAUUUACUAGCAAGAGAUGGAUAUGAUGUAUGGUUAGCUAACUCCCGUGGCUGCAAACAUUCCCGCCGGCAUAUCACAAUGAAACCUUCCCGUGGUGCUUUUUGGGAUUUCUCCUGGCACGAAGUAGGUUACUACGACCUUCCGGCUAUGGUCGAUUACGCUCUCAAUGUUACCGGUCGCGACAAGCUUAAAUUUAUCGGGCACUCUCAAGGAACUACAGCUUUCUUUGUGAUGGGGUCCGAGCGGCCAGAAUACAUGGAUAAAAUUGCCUUUGCGGUGGCAUUGUCGCCAGCCGCUUUUAAUUCUCAUAUGAGGUCACCGUUCAUACGGCUGUUAGCGCCUUCAUCUGGAUUGUUGUAUGCGGCAUCAAGAGCUUUCGGUAUUCACGAGUUGGGGCCGGACAACAACUUGGUGCGGCUCGCGCGGUGGCUGGCGUGCGGCACGGGGCCGCUGGCGGAGUUCUUUUGUUCCAACAUCAUCUUCCUCGUAGCGGGGUUCAACGUCGAGCAGUUGAACGUCACGAACCUUCCUGUAAUAUUCAGUCACAUGCCUUCGGGAGCUGCGGCGAAACAGUUAGUUCAUUACGCGCAAGAAAUUAUUUCGAAAAAGUUUAGGCAGUUCGAUUACGGGGCGGAAGAGAAUAUGAAGCGAUAUGGGAGCAGUGAGCCUCCUGAGUACGACCUGGGGAAAGUGACGGCGCCGGUGUCGUUGGUGUACAGCGACGCUGAUUGGCUGGUGGACCCGCGCGACGUGGCCAAGACGGAGAGGCUGUUGCCGAACGUCGUCGACUCGCACAUGGUGCCUAGUAAAAACUUCAAUCAUAUGGACUUUAUUAUAGCGAAGGAUGUGAAACAUUUAAUUUAUAAGAGGCUGAGUAAAAUGUUGUCUCGUUAUUAAGAUUUAGUAGCGGGUUCUUUUUCAAAAUAAUUAUGGUAGC